UCAUUUAAACCAUCAGUAAAUGAAUACAGUUUUGUGUGUGAAAUUGUGCCGGCUUUUUCGUAAACAAACACAUGUCAAAGUCGGUUCGGCAAAGGGAGGCUAAAAACAUAUGAUUUCCAUAAACACGUUGCUCAUCUUUGGUUUCGGUUUGUGAUCAGUGCGAUCGGCUAGAAUAUAUGUAUACAAUUAGUGAAUUGCUAAACUCACAUGUAGUUAGAUCUAUCGUUCCCAAGCGUUGGAAUUCUUCCCAUAAGAAAUUGCACAACGUGCUCAGUAAAAUGCCCCUUGAUCCAAAACACAUUGCCGAGGCUCAGAAGCAGCGAUUGAAGCUGAAGCAAAAAGUGUCGAAAGUGUCGCCCGGCAUUGUAAACCUGCAGGUGCUAGGAUGUGGCGCACCGGGUGCACCGGCGUCGGUGUACCUUUUCACGGAUCAAACUCGCUACCUAUUUAACUGCGGAGAGGGUACGCAAAGGUUAGCGUACGAGCACAAAACGAAGCUGUCGUGCUUGGAGAACAUUUUCAUGACCCGCACUAACUGGGAACGAAUCGGUGGUUUACCGGGCAUUUGUUUAACGAUGCAGGACGUCGGGGUACCGGCCGUAUCGCUUCAUGGCCCUCCCGGGCUGGAUGAACUGUUCAAAGCGAUGCGACGGUUCGUUAUACUAAAGGACAUGAAGGUGGAGGCGUCCGAGUACGCAACGGGAGACGUGUACGAAGAUCACGUCAUGACCCUUCGAUACGUGGUGAUCAAUCGAGAUACGAGCGAAUGCAAAGGGGCCGGAUCUGACGAGGAACAAAGCCAGGAAGAGGCUCCCGUUGACGAUACGGACUAUUAUGCGUAUGAGCGAAAGAAGGAGGCACCGCCACAAACUCAGUCAGAAACGACCAAAAGUGCUCGCACUACAGAUUGGACAAAACGUGAGGAAACUUCCGUAAUGGCGUACAUCUGCAAGCUUAAACCACGCCAUGGUCAACUGUCCCUGGAACGGUGCGUUGAUUUUGGUGUACCACCAGGCCCACUGCUGGGACAGUUAAAAAAUGGCAACGACGUUACCUUACCCGACGGACGUGUCGUUAAAUCGGCUGACGUACGAGCUCCCGAUGAUCCUGGUCCUGUAUUUAUGUUCAUAGACAUUCCCAGCCGCGAGUACUUGAAAGAUUUUAUGGCGAAAGGUGAUGUGUUUGCUAAAUACCAGCAGCAAGCCACCGAUGAAGCGGAUCAAGCUAUUUUCGUGGUACAUUUUACUCCCGUCGAUGUGAUGCGCUGUGAAGAGUAUCGACAAUUCAUGGACCGGUUUUCGGCCAGCACCCGGCACAUAGCGUUGAACGAGGUGAAUAACUUUUCCGGCUACAUUGCGGCACACCGGAUUCAGUAUCAUUUGAAUCAGCUAGAUGAACAGAUCUUCCCACUGCUAAGAGAAGAGAACAACGAGUAUAACGAUCCUCCAGCGACCGAUCCCGAUCUUGUGCGAUCGUCAUCGCUGAGCUACAUGCACAUUCGCCCACCGAAAGGAAUCGACAGGGCACAAGAAGCAUCGUUGAAUGCAUCCGAGUACCUGAGCGAGCUUGAGCUGUUACCAGAUUUUAAAGAAGCGCUGGAAGCCUUGAAACAACAAAUGGUACAGCACAACGAGCGGCGGUCCGCAUCGAUAAGAGCAGAACAAUUUCCUCGCUUGAUUUUCCUCGGCACCGGAUCAUCAAUACCAAACAAAACUCGAAAUGUUAGCGCAAUUUUGAUUUUGACUAGCAACCAGUCCUCAAUUCUGUUGGACUGUGGUGAAGGAACGGUCGGUCAAAUAUGGCGAUUUUUCGGCAAAACGCACGCAGAAGCUGUGCUGCGAUCGAUAAAGGCGGUCUACAUCUCGCACCUGCAUGCCGACCAUCAUUUAGGAUUGAUUGGUUUACUGCAGGCGCGCAAAAAACUGUUCGGCGAUGACUGUGAACGUCUAACGUUAUUCGCCCCGGAACAAAUUUCCUACUGGCUUCGGUUGUACGAUUGCCGCUUCGAAUCCAUCCACAAAGACUAUACGCUGGUGAAAAAUGCAGAUCUGCUGGAACAGCCUUUCAAAGACGAACGACUGUUUGAGAUGGGCAUUCAAGAGAUAGCUACCUGCCGUGUCCGGCACUGUCCACACUCGUUCGGCGUUGCCUUGAAAGUGGCUGCGAUCGGAACGCACCCGGACACCAACAUCGAGGGAGAUGUAAAAAUUACCUACAGCGGUGAUACGAUGCCCUGCGAAAGUCUUAUCGCGCUGGGCCGUGACUCAACCGUCCUGAUACACGAAGCAACGAUGGAGGAUGAACUGGCGGCGGAGGCACGCAUCAAAAUGCACAGCACACUGUCGCAGGCGAUCGAGCAGGGACGGAAAAUGAAUGCCCGGUACACACUGCUAACGCACUUCAGCCAGCGGUACGCUAAAAUUCCUCGCCUACGACCGGAACAGCAGCAGUCGGGACUCGGUACCGAUUUAGGCAUUGCGUUCGACAACAUGGAAGUAACGCUGGACGAUUUGCCCACGCUGUGCAAGUUUUAUCCCGCGCUGAAAGCGAUGUUCAUUAGCCACUUUGAGGAGAUGGAACAGAAAGCGAUCAAGCGAGGCAACAAAAAGUUACGCUUGGAGACGGUAAAGAAUGGCACCGGAAGUAAAGAGUGUUCCCCGACGCGAUAGGUUAGCGGGGGGUAUAACGAUUCUUCAAAAUAAGCUAAAAGUUGUUUAAAAAGCAAAUAAAACAAAGUCAUCGAGCGGUUGCACUUCUCGCGUGCAACAAAACGGCUAGAAACGAUGCAAGGUGUAAGAUUUUCAGAAUAUUCGAUUUAUUUCUCACUUCACUUAGUUCAAUGUAUAGUUGUUGUUGUUGGUUUUGUUUCCCUCUCCCUCUAUCUCUUUCCUAUUGACUAAAUGCUGUUGCUCGAUAGCUUUCGGUUAUCUUACACACCAUUCCCAGUUUCUCGUGUGUAUGUAUGGGUUAUUCAAGCUUUUUGUUUCAUUUUUCAAUUUCAAAUGUUUGCAAACGCUUUUCUCUGCUUAUGUCUUAUGCUUGCGUCUUAUAGUUUGAAGAGUUUCCUUAAAUAAAGCAUAGCAAUGGAGAAAUGUUUUUGAUGUUA